CCAUCCUGCUUUGUCAGGUGAGACAGCACAAGGGUGAAGGAUGGAGCUGGAUGCUGGGCUGUGAGAGACGUUUCCUGUCCUACACCAUUCAUGGCCUACAACAAGAAUAUGGGUGGGGUUGACCUGACAGACCACUUCAUUCAGUAAUACUCAACCCACAGAAAAACUGCUUGCAGGUUUCAGACUGUGUUGCUGCAUUUCCUGGACAUUUCAGCAUCAAAUGCCUUCAUCUUGCACCGGGAGAUGAGCAGUGCCAAGCAGGUGCAGCCCAUGGCACAUAAAAAAUUCAUGGUGGAACUGGUGUGUCAGCUUUGUGGCAUAGACAAGGCAGGUGUUCCGUGAGCAGGAGAGCUGAUUGGCACAGCCCCAGAUCCUGGCCAAAAAGCCACCAAGGGCAGGCUGAAGUGCCAAUGCUGCCACCAAGUGGAGGACAGGAGGAGGGACACACCCUGGAAGUGUCAGGUCUGUGAUGUGCCUCUCUGUCUUGUGGUGAACAGGAAAUGCUUUCUGGAGUGGCACAAAUAAUUUGGUGGCAUCCUAUUGUGACAUCUGAUUGUUUUGUAAAUAGUUGUACAAAAAACACCUGAGGAAUUGGCUGUAUUUUAAUGUAAAUAGUGGUAUAUAACUUUGUUUGCAAAAUUUCCACAUACAUUUUGAAGAUUACAAUUUAUAUUUGCAUCCUAGGUGAUGAAAAGGCUUUGUUAAUCAUGUUUUUGGUUUUUUUCCUUCUCCUUCCCAUUUUUUUGUGGGAUUUUUGGUCCAGUAUGUCAAAAUGAAAAAAAAUAAUUGUAAACUCACACAUGUGAGGUUGUGCUGAAAAUAAUGACACCAAACACAACUAGACAAACAGUUUAUAAGCUGAAAUAUAAAAGUAAAAUCAAAAGUAGUCAGAAGCGGCCAAUUACACCACAAACCCCAGAGGGUUAACUACUAGUAUGUGUUGUUUCAGACAUUAGUUAGGUGUGUCAUUUGUUGAUGAAGUCACUGCUGAUGUGCUCGUCAUCUGACUAGUGGAGUUUAAAAGGAGCAGAAGCAGCAUUUACACUCAGUUUAGGAGGAUUCUAUGCAGCACAGCAGAAUAGCAUAUUCACAAAAUGUGAACUGUGUUCUUUUAUAUUAUGUAAAGGUAUGGUAAUUGUAAUUUGCAAUUGAAGAUAAAAGUUUAGACAAAUUAGAUUCUGCCUUGGUUUGGAAGAACAGUUCAGACUGAAUACUGCCUGUUUGUCAAUGUGGUGAGUUCGAUAUAAGCAAUUUUGACAUUUGAACAAUUGAAAUUUCUACAUAUCUACUUUAAAAUUAAACAUUGCAAAAUGCUCAGCCUGUGCAAAGUAAUUGUGUUGUGAACCAAAAAGGCAAUCAUGACGAACUCUUCCAAGUUUUCAUAUUUUAUUUUUGGCGCCUACUUUGAUAUUGGGCUUUUUAAAUACUUAUUUUUCUUGAUUUUUUUUUGUUUUUAUAUUUCAGUCAUUUGUGUCAACCUUCUGCUCAUCGUGGUUAUCUGUAUGAACAGGAGCUUACAUGAACCUAUGUACAUGUUCCUGUGCAGUCUGUUUGUAAAUGAACUGUAUGGUAGUUCAGGGUUGUUUCCGUUCCUUCUGACUCAGAUUCUCUCUGACAUUCACACUGUUCCUGCUUCAUUUUGUUACCUGCAGAUUUUCGUUUUGUAUACAUAUGCCAAUGUACAGUUUUAUAAUUUAGCCGUCAUGUCUUACGACAGAUAUCUUGCUAUCUGCUCUCCUCUGCAGUAUCACACACGUAUGACAUCUAACAAGGUUGCCAUGCUUAUUGCUCUGACAUGGUUUUUCCCUCAUCUUGCAAUAAUUGUCAUGAUAUCACUGAAUGCCUCUUUACAGCUUUGUGACAAUGUUAUUGAUGGAGUGUUCUGUAACAACUACUCUGUUGUAAAAUUGGCAUGCUAUGACACUACAGUCAAUAAUUUGUAUGGAUUAAUUUACACAUUCUUAGUCUUAUUUGGUCUUACAGUACUAAUCCUUUACACUUAUAUAAAGAUUUUUAGAGUGUGUUUACGUGGUUCUAAACAGACGAGACAGAAAGCUGUCAGUACCUGCACACCUCACCUCGCUUCUCUGCUCAACUUCUCUUGUGGGUGUUUCCUUGAAAUAGUGCAGAGCAGGUUUAAUAUGAGCAGUGCACCCAUCAUAUUGCGCAUGUUUUUAUCUUUAUACUUUAUCAUUUGCCAACCGCUCUACAACCCUUUACUAUACGGACUGAAUUUAACAAAAAUCCACAUCAUAUGUAAAAGUAUUUUGUUUGGGAGAAUGUAACACACUAACAUGCAGUUUUUUUCCGUCUGCUUCAGGCACAUAAAACAAUCUAAAAUAAUUGUGAGCUUUGGUAAUAGCAUCUUCAUUAUGGGCUAUAAAUGUUAGAAUUCUAAGCCUUAAAAAUAAAUAUCGAAACAAUGGUUUGUUUGGAGGUUUAAAUUA